AUGCUAUUGAUAAGAGUCCAACAACUACUAUAUCGUCAGUUGAAAGUGAUUGUGUGUCUAAUAAUCCUUUUUUUAUCAUCUGAUGAUGAUAUAGAAAAUUGGCGUGGUAAAGGUGAAGAACCAAUUACAAGCUUAACAUCGAAAGGUAAUAAUAAAAGACAAAAAAUAUGCCCCACUUCUAAGAAUACUGCUACACAAAUUGAGUAUGAAGCAAACAUAAACAUAGCAAAACAAUUAUUUGAUAAUUUAAGUACAUCUUCAAUUUCAGACGAUAAUGAAGAAAUUACAUUCAUUGAUACAUUUGCCAAUUCCCAGAUCAUACAUGAAAGUAAAACCAGUGAAAUCCCUAACAACGACAUACAAGGUGUUCUUAAAAAAAAGUCUAAAAUCAAAAAGCAGACCCACAAAGUAUAUGCAACCAACACCUGA